UUGCGAAGAGCGCUGCGCCUCGCGAGCGAGAUCGUAGUAUCUUUGAUUUUUAAACGGGCCCUUUUGAACUUGUACAACUUCUACAGGCAAUUUGUAUUAUCGUCCCUAUUCGUAUCCCUUACGAUCAAGUAGAAUUUUUAACCGUGCGGUAUUUUUUAUUUUAUCGUGAUAGAAAGAAAAAUAAAAACGGAAAAAGGAAAAAGAAAAAAAUAACGAAAUGUUUCGUCAUCAGGAAGGAGCACGUGUUCGUGCUUGAAAACGUUUUUGUCAGAUCGGUAUCUUGAUCGAGAUGAAGUGACGUUUUUAUUUUGAAAGUAAAUAUAAUAUAGACCGAUAGAGGGAAAAGUUUGUGUUUAGUGUUACUCGAACAAAAUAUUUCGUGCCUGAUCGAAGACAAUCGUGUGAUCGUUGGAUUGGAAUAAAGGUUUCUUCAAGUUGGAAGGAUUUAGACGAAGGGAAAAAGUAGUGCCCAGGAAAUCGUUUUAAUAUAUUCUCGAGUGGAGGGAAAUGAUCUUGUUGGCUGCGCAGUUGAAAACAUGUCAACGAGGGAGAACUUGAGAUAGGAAGAGAGAGAGAGAGAGAGAGAGAGAGAGAGAGAGAGAGAGAAAGAGAAAGAGAGACAGAGAUACAAAAGAAGAAAAAAGAAGGGAUAUCUAGAAAUUCAGUUAAGCUCCGGUAGACAAGUAAAAUAAGAAGAAGAAAGAAGAUGUGAGAUGUCGUAACGCCAGAGAGAAAGAAAGAGAAAGAAAAAAGGAAAGAGAGAGAGAGAGAGUAAGAAAGGGAUUGGAGAAUAAGAAGAGGGCGGUACCGCGCGCGGAUAGAGACUCACCUCUAUGAGAGUUAUAUGACAUAGAAAACAGCCGUUACGCGAAAAUCUCCAACGACGAAAGUGAACUCUAUGAUAAACUUAUCGCAUAAGGAAGCUUCUAGCUUCAAGAAAUUUUUCAACUACACUGAGAAGAAAUCUGUCUGAAUUCGUGUAAUGGACGAAGCGGAACCAAGCGUCGAAUCGACAACACUGAUAUUUUGAGAGAGAUCAUCCAUCAAAGAUAAUAACAAUGAACACAUGGAUUCUGAUCGUCAGUGAAUUCACAGUCGAUGAACAUUGGAAGAACAAAUUCGAAAGAAAUAUCUUGACAUAGAAGUUUCGAACGAGCUUUUAACGGUGUGGGCGGAAACAUUGAGACUUGAAAGCCCCCGCGCUAUCUUGGAGCCCUCUCCUGACAGUCUAGAACUUGCUAGAUUUGGGCGGGCAAGCGAGCAUAGGUAUUGAGACAAGAAGCCGGAUCGUUUGGUGUGUCUCAUCGAAAGCAAGAUUACUCCGCGAUGACACGACGAAAAGGAAAACGAGUUGCAAGCAUUCCUUAAGAUAGCUAUAUCGGAGAUGACGGAAACGUCAAAGCCGCGGUACGCGAACCGCAGUAGCGGGGAGAGAUAAGGAAGGUGAACGGCAUCACGCCGAGCAGUCAUGUGCAGUGUCAUGUGGCUCCUUCGGCUGCUGACAACUUGCUGCCUCGCACUUCUAUCAGCGUCUGAUUUACGCACAGAUCUACCUUUGUCAACGGAUCAAGUCUCAACGAGAGCGACAACGGCGGCAAAGCGAUCGGUAGCAACAGACGCACCGAUGCUGAAUUACAUAUUCGAUGCACAUAGUACUCUAAACAAACAUCAACAUCACCACGAUCAUCGUUGGGGUCCACAUUUUGAGAGUGAUAGUUCAGCGAAAAACAUCACUAUUCAAGCUGGUGCCAGCGUCGUUUUAGACUGCAAGAUAUCAUUGUUGCAAGACAAAACGGUAUCCUGGGUAAGGAGACAGGAAAACAGUGAAAAAAUGAAUUUGUUGACCGUCGGCCAUCUCACGUACACCGGUGACCCAAGGUACACCAUCGUGUUUCAAUAUCCGGACAAUUGGCGUCUAGAAAUCAAACGCGUCAAUAGCAGCGAUGAGGGUCAGUACGAAUGUCAGAUCAGCACUCAUCCGCCCAAAUUUAUUCGCAUAAAUUUACACAUCAAUGCGCCAUCCGUCCAAAUAGUGGACGGCGCGGGUCAACCGCUAAGGGACAAAUACUACGAGGCAGAUAGCACCAUCGAACUGCUAUGCGUCGUGCGUCACAUAGCGAUGCAGGUCCAGUACAGUGUCGUCCAAUGGCUCCAUGGUAAUCGAACUCUGAACUACGACACAACGAGAGGUGGUAUCAGCGUGAAAACGGACCUAAUGGAGGAAGGGGCCAACUCUACUCUCAGCAUAGCGAGAGUCGGACCAGCGGACAGUGGUAACUACACGUGCAUGCUCACCACCAUGCCUGAUCAGCCUGCAACGGUUCAUGUACAUGUCCUGAACGGAGAAAGCCUAGCCGAGUUGCAUCAUGGUGGUUCACGCGACAUUCAAGCGGACGUCUGGAGUUCUCUACUACUCUUCCUCUUCGCCAUUCUAGGAUGGCUUCAGGUGCUGAGAUGAAGACUCGACAAUGCUCGCUGCGACCCUCAUAAAGGCAUUCUCAGUACUCACUGCUGAGAUAUGAGAGUGCGAUGACCGAUGACUUAAACGAACAUGACGAAAAACGUUAUCGUCUUAUACGUGGCACGAACCUUUUUAUUGUUUCGAAAGGUAUAAGAAUGAGUGAGAAAUAAUAAGGUAGAGAAAAUGCUGAAAUUGAAAAGAAAAGUAUGAUCAACGGCGUUGCUAUUUUUUUUUUGUUUUCUUAACAACCGUUCAAGUAUGAAAAUUAAAUAGAAAUAAAGAGAGAAAAGUAAAAAAAGUUUCUUCUAUAAAAAUUGUCUUAUACAAGGACCUAAUUAUUAUUGGCAAUCAUUUCAUUUGAUUUACGUAAUCGCACUUUGAAAAACUAUCGUUAUUUUUUAUAGAACUAUUGUCUUUUUAUUGUGAUUCCUGAAAGUAGUUACAGCAACGCCGUCGUAAAUUUGGCAAGUACAGUGAUAUUUUUAUCGUCGUAAUUGAAAUACCGAUAGUAAACUAUUUACCGUUUACAGUUGUCGUAAAUUAAAUUAUCGUGCUUCGUUGUUAAAACGGGGGAUUACAUUUAUCCGAGCUUCGAUGGGAAAAUUUACCGAGUGGUUGGAAUUGUUUCGAGAGGUUGGUUCGGGAGCAACGUUGAGAAUUUUGAGAAAAGAUCCGAAAGGACAUGAUGCGAAAAUGAGAAUCACAUUAUUGUCCAAGAGCUAAUAUAGUUCAUCAGUGAGGAAAAAGAUCGAGCGUUGAGAUCAAAUAACUCGAUACAAUUAAAAUAGUCGUUAUUACUUGAAUAAGAACCAAUAACCGUUCAAUUACUUGCUAUCUUACGAAGUAAGAUAGAUUAUUAAGGUACAGUCGCGCAAAAAAUAUCAAAUGCAACGUUGCAAAACUGGAGUUUGUUAUUAUUAAUUAUCGUUAAAAUGAAAUACGACCGAUGGCUGAGAAACGUUUAUACGUUUGGUUCGUAAUUUAUCGAAGAAAUUUAAUGAACAAAGAGAUUCGAUCAUCCGUUCACAAAGAGGAAAUCUAUGAGAACGACUACGCGUGCUAUAUCAUUGACCAAGAAAUAUCCUUAUUCGUCCGAUCGAGUAAGCAUGAUUCGCUUACGUAGCGUGUAAAAUCGAAGAUCGAAGAACACGAUUCAAACUCAGUGUUCGAACUUUCGAGGAAUAACGCGUGAGAAACAGAGCGAGAAUAAGCCCCUCUGUUCUCUUUUUCUCUAAGUGAUAUUUAUAGGUAACGUACGUAUAUAUGUAUAUAUAUAUAUAUAUAUAUAUAUAUAUAUAUAUAUAUAUACAUAUAUAUAUAUGUAUGUAUGUAUAUACAUGCAUAUAACUCCUCAUUUCUCGAAAAUCCUACGGCGAAUCCUCGGUGUACCGAAAAUGUCAAAAGCUGUUUUUCCUCGCAAAGACUUCGAGAAUCGAUGAUACGAAAAAAAGUAUAUAUGUAUAUUUGCAAAACUGAAGGGAAUGUGAGAUAAUUUAAAAUCGGGCCAAACGGCGAACUAAUACCUACGUAUGAAGGCGAGAAUUAUGCGCUUUCGUCGAAGGAAAAUAUUACGAAAUAAACUAUACGCGUUUUACAAGAAA